AUGAAUUCAAAUUGCAAUAAAGAUGGAUCAAUUACAAUAUGGAAUGAUGAAAUAGGAAUAUCUGAAGAAGCAUAAACAGUUAAGAAGGCAGAGAUCAGUUCAUAACGACUAAAUUUUUUAGUCAUUGAAACUUAAAGUGACAGUCUUUCUUAUAGAAAUCUUUUAAAAUAUAAAUGUGCAUUAGCCAAAAGAAUCUAAAAAGCUAAAGCUUGA